CUCGGUGAGAGAGCGAGAGAGAGAGCGAUGGAAGGAUAAAACAAGCCGUGUCUUCGAUCGCCGAUGAACUCGCAUCGAUCGAUUCGUCCUUUGCUUCCUUGUCUUCGUCGUUGUCGCCUAACUACUUUCAGCACUGUCUUCCCUCCUCCUUCCACGGUGAUAGCGAAACAUUCGUCGCCAGGCGACUUGUACCGGACCUUGAACAGGCAAAGCACUGAUGGCCAGAUCGGGAACGCUCAGAACGCAGCUGCAGAUGUCAUGUCUCGAGGUAGUCCAACCAGAGGGCAAACAACACAGGGCAAGGAUGGUAAGCCUGUCUAUCCCAAUGAAUCAGAAGAAUCAGCCUGUUUUGGCUCGUCCGUGCACUAUGGUGGUCGAGAUUUCUCUGUCAGCUCUCCAUCAGACCAAAUCUCUGGAGCUCCAAAAAGUUAUAAAACUAAUGAAGGGAACAAACCAGGCGACACAAACAUUGCCACUAGAGGUGAAUGGUGGCAAGGUUCCCUAUAUUACUGAAGACAUUGACCUUAUCAGAAUGCUCUAUGUUUUUAGAGGAAGAAGGUACUUUAAAGCCAUGGACCCUAAUUUCAUAUAUUUCCGUUGUUUGCACAAUUUUUUUACUAUUAUAUUUACUGUUUCAAGCCACUGAUGAAUACUUUGUCAUUUGAAUUUAUUAGGCGUGUGAUAAUUCUUGAAUGUCUUUCCUAACCUUCCAGGAAAUUACCAGUCUUUUAGAUCUAAAGGUGUUUAGUUAUGUUAUUGCUUCAGUAUGUUUUUUUGUUUGUCAAGGAUAGAGUGUUACCAUUAAUGGUCAGCUUGUUCAAAAUAUAUUUUUUCAGUGUUUUAGGUCAUCUAUAGUGGGUGAAUCAAGACUAGUUCUUGAGUUUCGUCUUUCUUUCUUUCUUUUCAUUUUGUCCCAGUGCUUAGUUGCAGCCUCCAGGCUCGAACCAUAGAACCUGUUAUCUACCAUAUUGAUUGUAUCGCAUGUCCAGAUAUUGUUUACUAAGAUGGAUUAUUUUUUAAUGACCAGAUUCUGGAAGGUUGAUUCAGUUACUUCAUUUAAUCAUUAUAUGAUAGACAACACUCUUUUAGCUCAAUUUCAAAUGGUCUCAUAUUUUUAGGUUCAUGUUUUCUUUAAGUCCUGUUUUAGAUCUUAAUUAUUUUUAAGUUGCAAAUUCUAAAGUUAGAUUAGAUGGACAAAAAAAUCAACAAGAGAUACAGGUAGAAUAUUAACAGAUUAUAUGCAGGAUUUUUUAAUUGAUUAAACUAACCAACAUGAGGUUCAAGUGGAACUCUUGAAGAUGAUAAAUGACUCAACUAAACUGUCAGAACAAAGGCAACCAUUUCCUUGACAUGCUACCCUUCAGAGAAUGGCAACUGUUUUAUGAAAAGAGAAAAAACUGUGCCUACCAUGUUGCUUCAAGGCUCCAGUUUGGCAACUAAUAAAAACAGUUCAUGUGCAAAACCAAGUGAAAAAUUUAAUCGGUUUCACUGGUUGAAUAUUUAUUGUGUAUUUUCUUUUCUUUUCUUCAGUCUACAGUCAGAAUGACAUCGCUAUUUGAAGAGGCAAUUUCAAAGACUUUAAGAUAAUACCGUGUUGCCUCAGUCAUUCUAGUUUUCACCAUCACCAUCAGCAUUGCAAUCCCGAUCCUAACAGGUUUUUUUUGGAGAGCAAUUGCAGGCCCUUGCAAGCUACUAUUAUUUCAGCAAUCAGGUCUCAUGUGGUUCCUUCUUGCGGGCAUCAGCUCAAACAACCGUUUCAUCUUGGUAUUUAACUUCUUUCUUGAUGUAGGAGUGAAAAGAUAAAAUUCUUGGAAAGUUGAUUAGAACUUGGGUACUAUCUAUCAAUGGACUUCGAUAUUGAACAGUGAAGCCUUCACCUCCAGCUUCUACCUUCGUGAGGUUGUGAGGCUGCUCAGAAAUAUAUCCUACAAUACAUAUAAAUAGCACAUAACUAGGUGUUGUACAAAUUGACUACGGGGUGAUGGUUUCGCAGAUGUUAUUGCCAGGUCCUAUCAAAACAGUUGUUAUUCAGAUAUACUCGUCACUGCAAUCUGAGAUUUGAUUCUCGCAGGUCUCUCACAAGUUGCCAGUGCAGCACCUCUCCCUGCGAGAAACCUCGCCCUGAGCAUGUCGCGACGCGGAAGCACAUGGCGCCACAUGAGGAAUAAAGGAAAAAGGAAAAACAGCUCAGGGCCCAGCUGUUCGUGAAGUUGUCACUGGGAACAUCGACGCUUUGACUCGAGGUGCCAACCUGAGCUUAGUGUAAGUUAACUGAACCUGAAUCAUAACCUGUAUCGUACACUAUACUAUGUGGCUCACGCUAAACGAGUUAGGAUGGGUUGAGCUGACGAAUCUGGAUCGGGAUUGACAGGCAUGCCUGAUGAUGAUAAUCAUCUGCUGA